CUGAUCCACACUCCGGUUCCGCAAUUCUUAUUGAGUUGGCUAAAGCCAUUGGUACUCUACUGAAGACUGGUUGGAAACCAAAGCGGACCAUCGUGCUCUGCAGCUGGGAUGCUGAGGAGUACGGUCUAGUUGGAAGUACCGAAUGGGUCGAGGAGUACAUCCCCUGGUUGACAUCAUCUGUUGUGUCUUACCUGAACAUUGACGUUGGCAUAGCAGGCACCAUUCCUGACUUCAGUACCACCCCUGAUCUCCAUGCCCUCACCACUUCCACAGCCCGGAAGGUCAUCUGGCCGCAUGGCAAGAACCGCACAUUAUACGAUGUCUGGGAAGAAAAGACUGGUGAAAUUGACACAUUGGGCGCGCAAAGCGACUAUACAGCUUUUGUACAUCGGGCCGGCAUCUCCGCUAUCGACAUGGGCACCACGCGAGCGCCUCUCGAUCCAAUAUAUCACACGCACUCGAAUUUUGACUCCUUUCAUUGGAUGACUAAGUUUGCGGAUCCAGGUUUCGUAAUGCACACAGCCAUCGGAAAGUUCCUUACGUUGAUGCUGUAUUGUUUAGUCGACGAGGAGAUUGUACCGCUCGAGCCGGCGAACUAUGGGGUGGAGAUGCGAGCGUGGCUAAAAGAAUUGGAAGGUAUCGUAAAAGAAUCGAAUACAAAGGUAAAUCUUGAUCUUGGAGAGCUGGAGAACUCCGUUGCUGUGUUCGAGGAUGCAGCGCGGCAGUUCAAUGCUGCUCGCAACAUGGCUGUCAGCUCAAACAGUUCGGUGCUCAAGACACAGCUGAACCACAAGGCACGCGAUUUUGGACGUGGAUUCGUCAGUGAAGGCGGCCUCCCGGGAAGAGAGUUUUAUAGACACCUUGUCUUCGCUCCUGGAGUUGACACUGGAUAUGCGCCGGUUACAUAUCCAGGAGUGACCGAGGCCGUUGUUGCAGGAAAUACUACUCUAGCAGAGGAGUUCGUCGGAAAGACUGCAAAGGCGAUCUUGGCUGCUGCAAAUAUUUUAUUGUAG